AUGGUCGAAAAUAGAUCAGGUAUUGUUGAUAUUACUGAUAUAGAAGUGGCAACAAUGAAAUCUUUUCUGGAGUUUCUUUACACAGGUAAUGUGAUAUUUCAAGAUGGUAGGAGUGCUUUAAAGUUGCUGUUAGCGGCAGAAAAGUAUCAGGUCUUAACCUUGAAGGAAACAUGUGCUGAAUAUCUAAUACCCGCUCUUUCUAUUGAAAAUAUAUGCGAUGUUAUAGUUGUUGCUGAUAAAAUGAACCAGACAAAACUUAAGAAAGGUGCAUUGGAUUAUAUUGCAAAACAUAUAACUGAAAUUUCCAACUCCAGUGAAUGGCUAGAAUUAUGGAAAACGCAUACUGAGUUAUCGGCUGAAAUGUUUUCGUACAUUGCUACUGAUUUUGAGCUUAAGCCAAGGAAAAAUUGA